AUGAUCCAAGAAUUGAAAGAAGAAAUGAUGAAGACAUUUGAGAUGACGGACUUGGGUUUGAUGCAUUAUUUCAUUGGCAUCGAGAUCGACCAAAAUGAAAGAUUUUUUAUCUCGCAAAAGAAAUAUACUGAGAACCUCCUGAAGAAAUUCAAGAUGAACUAUUGCAAAGCAAUUUCAACUCCACUCAUGACAAAUGAGAAACUAUUGAAGGAACAUGGAGCAGAAAAAGCUGAUGCCUCCCUCUACAAAAUGGCACAGUCUACUGCAAAAGCUAAAUACAUCGGAGCUGCUACGAUCGCCAUUCAAGCAAUAUGGCUUCAAAGAAUUCUAGAAGAUAUUGGAGAAGUUCUUUCCCACCUGAGAAGUCCUGCCGAAGAGUUGUUGGAUGCUUCUGUCAUGCUGUUAGAUGUUUGCAAGAAUGUGAGGGAAGCUUUCUCACAGAUGAAGGAAUGUGUCCAGGAGCUGAAAUUUUCUUUGCGAAGAAGGAAAAGAGGAGAUUCCAGCUUCGCCUUUGAAGUAGAAGCAUACAUCAGCUCUACGAAAAAGUUGAACAAAGUAAUCUGCAAGUACUUGAGAAAUUUGAAGAAGAAAGGCUCCAAGAAGGGCUCUCACAAUGAAGCUACCCUUAGCAUACUAACUGAAGCUGGAGAGAUCAGCUUUUCUGUAAUCGGGUCCCUCUUAGGUUUCCUUGCUCUGACAAGUGCAAGAAGGAAGCCUAGAGGCUGGUCUCCAGUGUCAAAACUGUCAAAACUGCUGGAACCUAAACGCGUAUCAUGUGACGAAGGAAAGGCAACCCCCAAAGUGCAAGGCUUGGAUGCCAUCGCUCUCUCUCUCAGAUCGAACAAAGACAUCAAUAAUCAAGUAGGUGAUCUCUCAAAGCGAUUGGAGGAACUAGAGCUGAGCAUUCAAGAAAUUGAGGAUGACUUAGAAUGCAUUUUCCGGCGCCUGGUGAAAUUGAGGGUUUCCCUUCUCAACAUUGUUAGCCACUAG